AAAAGGUAGGAGGAGUGAGUGAGAUAGAGAGAAAAGAGAGACGAAGAGCCCCCAAAACGAAGAAAAGAAAAAAGAAAAGAAGAAGCAAGAAGAAGAAGAAGAAGAAGAAGAAAAGAGAGAAAGAGAAAGAGAAGAAACAAAAAACACCAGAAAAAAGUCCGUUUUAAACCACUCUUGCCGGUCUCCAACAUUUUCAGUUGCCGCUCUCCCUUCAGGUACGGCGCAGGUGUGUGCUACAUAAUCCACGCAAUUCUUCAUUUUUUUUUUUUCUCUCGCUAUCUACUCUUCACCUGCCAAACAAAACACACACAACAACAACAACAACAACAAAAAAAGAAGAAGAAAAAGAAAGAAAAAAAACCCAAAACAAAAGACAAAACUGACGUGGGGAGAAGAGAAUCGAUUAAAGAAACUCUCGUUUUCCGACCGAGUUCUGCAAGUUUGUCGUGUGUUUCGAUUUUUGACGAUUUUUUUUGGGGGGAGUUUGGUUUGGUUCGACGUCUUGACCACCAACUUGUGUCCCCUCACACUUGGUCGAAAGAGUUUGCUUGUUUCGCUGGACGCCAACUUUGUGCCCGAGUUCGAGAAAAACAAAAGUUUCCGAGACCCACUUGAUUUUGUUUCCAUUUUCAUCUUUGAGCACAUUUAUUUUCAAUCGAAUUUCAUUCACGACGUCCGUUUUCAAAAUUAGAAAACGGGGAAGAAGAAAAAAAAAAAGUGUUUUCCGGACUCGUUUUUCUCGUUGCCAAGUGAUUUUUAUUUUUUGAAAUUGUGUGAGUUUGAGGCAACAACAAAAACAAAAAAAGUCCCAAAAAAGUUCGAACGGAUUUUGUUUUUGUUUGUUUUUUCUGCCUAGUGUUUUCUGUGAAAGUUUAAACCAUACAAACAAAAAAAACCGUCGGCUAUCCGUUUAUCGUGUUGUGCGUCAUCCAGUUUUGGAAAAUUCGAGUUUUGAAACCCAAAACAAAAACAAAAAACUGAUCACAUUUUCGGUGCACAAUUCAUCAGAAAGUUCCGUGUCGACAAACGUCAUCCACCAAGUGACCCUGCACUUAUUUUUUUUUUUGUUUCUUCUUCUUCUUGUUCGCCUUCUCCUCCUCCUUUCAAAGAUAAAAACAAGAUAAAUCAAAAAAAGAGGGGGUGGGGUGGGCCGGUCGUGGACACAAAAACAUGCUAGACGACGGAAUAUGACCAAGGAUCAUAACCGACCAUGCGACGCCUGUCGGCCGGCGGAGUGCCUUUGCUACUCAUGUUCUACUUCUUGAGCGCGGUGUUAUGCUCCUCGUCGACCACAUCAUCUUCUAGUUUUAGCAGAAAUUCGAAAACGACGUCGAAUCGUCCAGCCACGUCAAUGACCGGUGAUUUGGGCGAACGGGCGGAAGCGUUAGAAGGAAGUCUUUUAAAUAUGUUUGGAUUGAAGCGGAGGCCGAGGCCGGGCGUCGAGACGCGACAGCGGAUCGUCGUGCCCGAAUUCCUGGCCGAAUUGUACCGACAACAGACCGGCCUCGAGGUGGACACCACCAAUUUAAACCUGGCCGGCAAACUGACCCAGACGGCCAACACAGUGCGCACUUUUUCCCAUCAAGAUUCAGAUUCAGAUGACGAUGAAACGGCGGAUAAUUCCGUCCUUUUGCGAUUCGACUUGACCAGCUUACCGGCCGAAGAGGACAUCAAAGCCGGCGAACUGAGGCUGUACCGUUCGGCGGAGGGUUUGAUGGCGUGGGAGGCGGAGCAGAGCCGUCGGAUGCGAUCGGACAACCCAUUGGCCAAUAACGGGACGUCUUCGUCUGCGCCAGGGAGCGACCCCGUGCAGAUUGCGCCGCAAGAGAAGCGCAAGGAGAACAGGUGGCGGCGGAAGCAGCAGGUGCUGAUCCACGAGAUCGUGCGGCCGGCGCGCAACGGCGGCGAGCCCAUCCAUCGGCUGCUCGACAGCCGCAUGGUGGACGUGCGCGACGAAGGCUGGAUCACAUUCGACGUGCUGCCGGCUUUGCUGCGCUGGCGGCAGCAGCCCAAACGCAACUACGGCCUCUGGCUGGAGACGAAGCGGGUGAACGAAGAGGCGCUGUCCGACAUCGAGCACUUGCACCUGCGCAAGCGGCGCAGGAGGAGGCGAUCGGCCGUGGCACCGCAAGAGCAAGAGCAAGAGCAAGAGGACGAUCAGCUGGAUCUCCGGUGGGCUAGUCAGCGGCCGCUUUUAGUGACGUACUCUGACGACGGAAGGUCGCGCGCGCGCAGCAAACGCGCCGCCGAGAAGAAGCACAAGCGGAAGGGCCGGCGCGACAAUUGCCGCAGGCAGUCGCUCUACGUCGACUUCAACGACGUCGGCUGGAACGACUGGAUCGUGGCGCCGCCCGGCUACCACGCCUACUACUGCCACGGCGACUGCCCGUUCCCGUUGCCCGACCACCUGAACACGACCAACCACGCCAUCGUGCAGACGCUGGUGCACUCGGUCAAUCCGAGCGCCGUGCCGCGCGCCUGCUGCGUCCCCACCGAGCUCUCCUCCAUCUCGAUGCUCUACAUCGACGAGUACGACAAGGUCGUGCUCAAAAACUACCACGACAUGGUCGUCGAGGCUUGCGGAUGCCGUUGAACUCGCGUCCGGCCCGCCCGCAAUCAAGGCAACACGGCGCCACCUGCGGGUGCUCCAUUUACUUUCGCCAGUGCCCGGCGGCUAAAUUGUUGUUUGUCCUCGCCUGGGCUGAAAACAAGCCCAAACAUAUAAGAGGAACAUCAAUUGAAAAAAAAAACACCACGAAAAAGAACGAACACAACAAUUUUUUUAGCAAAACGAAUUAAAAAAAAAAAAAAAAAAAACAAAAAAACAAAAAUUAUUCAAAGAAAGAAAAGAAAAACGGAUGGAGAAUCAUCUUCCGGUUUUAUUAUCGCUCCGUCCCUCCCCUGCGUUCCGGCAACACUUAGUCAUCGUCGUGAUUUUUAUCCUCACUCCUCCUUCUCUAUUCUAAUUUCUUUUUAAGAAAAAUUAAACAAAAAAAAACAAAAACAAAAAAAAGGCAGUCACACACGCACAUGUAGAAGAAAAGAAAAUGGAUGCAAAUUCGGAAGUAAAAAAAAAUAAAAAUAAAAAUAAAUAAGGGUGGGGAACACACAGACACACACAAAAUCUGUGUGCGGAGAAAGACUGAAACUUCCGCUUUAGAAAAAAAAAAAUUGCAAUUUCCGGAUGAAUCCAUUUUUUUUUCCUUCCGCCUCUUGUUGCGUGUCUUUCAAAUGAACUUCCACAUAAUUUAAAAAACAAAACAAAAAAAAAACCAAAAAAAAAUCCAAAAUUUCGUUUUAAUUUCCCUUCCCCCCUUUUUUUUAAAAUCCUCCCGACAACUUACUUACCUACCUACUACUUCUAUUAUAUUUAUAUAUACAUAUAUCCCCCCUCCCCUGCCCCCCAUAUUUUCCCCCUGUUUUGUGCGUGUGUGUGCGUUCGUGUUUUAUUUUGUUGGUUUCUUCUUGUUUCUCCCAAAUACGUGUGGUUACCCCAUUUUUGAAAAUUGUCACAACAUUGUGUGAGUGUGUGUGUGUGUGUGUGUUUUGUAUUUUUUUUGUUUUUUGUUUUUUUUUCCGCACCGCUAUCCGGAUGCGGAACAAGGAGGAUGUAAACAAAACAAAAAGAGGGAGGACUUGCAACAAAAUUUAGAGGGAACUUGCGCGCUUAUUAUUACGGGAACGGCCAUUCACCGUCAUCGUUUUUCUUUUGUUUUUUUUUGGUUUUUUUUUCGUUGUGUGUCUUGAUUAUGUCCAAUAUGUAACAUGUGUGUGUGUGUUUCUUCCCCGUGCGUUCGGCUUGUAUUUAAAAGAAACCUGUAUCGCAGGUGUGUGUUGUUGUUGUUGUUGUUGUUGAAACGACAAGCCCCUCGUAAGAGUUGAAGAGCAAACAAAACCCAGCGAUUAGACGAUGACCGAAAGGAAGGGGGGGGGGAUGAAAUGAUGCGGUUCAAAUCACGAAUUUUGUGUGUGUAUGUGUGUGUGUGUGUGUUUAACGUCUGCCCUGAUGAUGAUGAUGCCUCUAAAUAUUGUAGAUGAUGCAACACUGCAUUUUGUACAAAAGACUAUUCCACUACUGCUGAUAUACUACAAACUACAAACAGA